AUAGGCCUCGCCCAAACAACCCGCGGGGUCCGACGACCUCCGCUUACCCCCCGGUCAAGGCCCCAGGGGUUGGGCAGCAACAAGAAGGCCUCACCCAUGUCGCACCACCCCAGCCCCGCCGCCCCUCCUCCUCCACCACCGGCGGUUGCGCCGCUCUUAAAACAGAAAUCGUGGUCUCCCGACGCCUACCGCGACGAGGCGUGGCUGAGGCGGAAGGGAAACCACGACAGCCGCAGACGGCGGAGCAAGAGCGUCACCGACGAGGACCUCGAUGAGCUAAAGGCGUGUAUUGAACUAGGGUUCGGGUUCGAAUCGCCGGAGAUCGAUCAACGGUUGUCCGAUACUUUGCCUGCUUUAGGGCUCUAUUACACUGUUAAUAAGCAGUUUUAUGAGAAUUCGAAGUCCUCCACGACGGCGUCCGAGUGUGACUCGCCGUCGUCUUCCGUUGGUAACCACUCCAUAUUCGAUCCCGGUGAUAAUCCUCAGACGGUGAAGACGAGGUUGAGACAAUGGGCACAAGUGGUGGCUUGUUCGGUGCGUCAAUCUUCUAGCUGAUCAAGAUCAUCUCAUCAAUGGCUUCAAUCAAAGCAAACCAACCAUGGUUUAUUUAUUAAAAAAAUAAUCAAAAAACAACCAACUUGUUUGAUUGAUGCGAACCAACCAUGGUUUGAUGCGAAUAUGCUUCUCCUCCUCCACCAUCACCGCCGUCGUUACACUAGUGUUUUUUUUUUUUUUAAUUUUAUUUUAUUUGGUAUCUAUAAAUGUAAUAGAAUAAAAAAUUAAAAAGGAAAAAAAAGAAAAAAAAAGAGGAAAGAUUGUAGUGGGGAUUGACUUUUUGUUUGUUUGGAUUUUUUUACCUAAUUUGUAUUUGCUGUUUGUGCUUUGCUUUCUUUAUUUGGUUUUAGGUACAAUUAGAUAUUUCAUAUCUGAUCGAAUCUCA